GAUAGAUAUCACCCGAUAUAGUUAUAGAUGCAGAGAGAUGACGUAGACUUGGAAGUGACUGUACACAUCGAUGGUGCACGUCCCGUAUCGACAAUUUGACACGCCUGAAAGGACCUUUAUACCAUUGUUAUUGUCCACCCAUUUGUGUUGAGAAUCGAACGAGUGUUGUGUGGUAAAUAUUUUGAAUAGUUAUGUCGGAGUCUACAUUUUCUACGAAGUGUGACCGAGAGGCCACGGCGUGUUUGUAUCCGGGUCAGGGGCUGGGCGGGAAUCAAAGCGACAAUGGUACGGGUACUGCUGGUGGUAGUCAAGUGGUUGCAAGUGUUGACAGUGGUACACAUAAAACUGACGGGAGAGAAUUAACAGCAACACUCUGUAGAACUGAACCAACAGCCUGCCUGUUCCCACACUCCGGAUCCGACUCCCAAUCGAAUGAGCCCGGGUCUCUGGGCGCUGUAUCAGCUACGUGUGCUACAACUUCGAGGACGACCACAACAAUGAGCAGCAGUAUUGGCGAUGGUUACUCACCGCACGUGUACAGACACACAAUGUGUGGGUUGCAGGUAGAAAUGCCUUCAUAUGGAUCUUCAAACAAUGAGUGUGAGUUGGAGAAGGUUCCUGCUAAGGCACUCAAUGUACCCACACGGACUCGCCUAUCACUCAUGUUGAACCCUCCCAAAGUCCUACAUAAUGACUGGACCGGGUUAGCUGGAGAAAUGGGAUUUGAGUACGAGGAGAUUGAAAACUUUGCCCUGGAGAAAGAUCCCAUGAAGAUAGUUCUUUCAGCCUGGACAUGCAGACCGGAUAGCACCAUUGGAGCACUGUUGGAGAUGUUAAGCACCAUCAACAGGGAUGAUGUGCUGAAUGAUAUUCGGAAAUUAGUAGAGCGAGAUGCUAGUCGAUGGGUGGAGAGACGCAAAGGAGACGUCAAUGGACAACCAGUUCAAGUCCCAGAAGUGAGUGAAAGCUACCCAAAUGUUCCUGAGACACCAGAGCUGCGUGGGAUUACAUUGGAGGAUCAUCCAUCAGGCCCUCCUGAGGUGUUUGAUGCCUAUGUCUGCUUCACCUAUGCUGACAGUGAGUUUGUGAAGGAAAUGAUGGCCGUCCUUGAGAAAGAACCAUACAACUUAAAACUGUGUAUUGAUUUCAGGGACCUGGUACCUGGAGGAUCCUACUCAACCAUCACAGCUGAACUCAUUGAAAACAGAUGUAAGCGCAUGAUCAUCGUGCUGUCACCAGAUUUCUUGACGAGUGAGGACUGCAACUUUCAGACCAAGUUUGCUCAUAGCAUUGCCCCAAGUGCACGAAGCAAGCGUCUGAUCCCAGUAAUGGUGGAGAACUGUAAACUACCCAACAUCCUGCGCCAUUUGACAAUCUGUGAUUACACCAAGAAGGACCUGAGACAGUGGUUCUGGCCCAGAUUGCAUGGCGCCCUCACUAAAAAGUAGGCGUCUGUAGGUAUCUCACUUUGCCCAGAGCGUGCCUUUAGGACUAGUCUAUAAGGGCAUAUUGUACAUCAACUUGUAAAUACAUGUAUUUGUAAAUGAAAAAUCAUGACAAUGUGUUCUUUUGUUUUAAGAAUUGCUUGACAAUUAACCAGCUUUCUCAGUUGUAAACAUGAAGUUUUUAUUUGUUUGAAGUGUGACAUAUCAAAGUACAUGUGUAUGUAUUUCAUACAAAUUGCAAAUACUGUUGUUCAAAGCAUGAUGUGUCACCUUUUAUAGAAUUUAAGAAUUGUGGACAAAUUAUGGCAGACAUUUUCCAUGCAAGAACAGUAGAUGGUGGUUUUUGACCAUAUUCCAUAGAAAUAUGAUCCAGUUAUAGUAUAAUAAUUUAUUGUUUAAUGUCUUUUGUUUACCUUUAGGUACAUAUGAACAGAAACGCAACUAACAAGACAAAUAAAUGCUUAACCCCUGUGUCAAACCCAAUUAUUUGCCAACCCCAUUUUGCUUUUCCUGUUUGUAAUAUGGUACUUUAGGUAAUGGUCUUUUUGUCAAAGUACUUGUGAUAUGCAAAUUUUAACUUAAUCUUUACCACUGCGGUUACUGUGGUAACGUUAGGUUGAUUUACAUGCACUCAGUGCAUUGCAUUGUAAUAUUCCCACAAAAGAAGAAUAGUAUGAACUAUAAAAGUGAUGGUCAAACCAAAACUAUAGAGGGCAACGUGGCUGUAUAAAAUUUACCAACAUAAACAUACUUGUACAACUAUUUCAUAUAUUUAUAUGAUGGAAUGCCUCCAACUUUCUAACAUCCUGUACAGUUUACUUUCUAACAUCCUGUACAGUUUACUUCCUAUGGCAUUGGUUAUAUAUUCAUGUACAACAUUGCAAGUUAGAAAUUUGUAUCUUUUUUGGUGUGUGUGUGUGUGUGUGGGGGGGGGGGGGGGUGUCAUUCAAUGUUUACCUUGGAUCCAGUUGGUUGCAGUUUUGUAAGCCACCCACACAAUGGCCUGAAUUGCACCCACCCACACAGGCAUAUAAGAAGUUUAGGGACUGUCCCCAGUAUUACCUGCAUAUUUAGAUUAUGAGUCAUGAAUGAAAGUGAACUGAUACAAAACACAUUGAUUGUUGCAUUAGGGACUGCCCCUGCACAACACCAGCUACAUGAAAGGGCAAGAUUCCAUACAAACAUGUUGACAUCUAAUUUCACUUUGCCCAGAAUACAUGUACUUAAAAAAGAUACUGAAAUAACUUAAUCAAUGGUAAGCUAUGCUUCAGCAGAACUUGUAAGCUUUCAAUUACAUACUUUUCGUUUACGUACUUUCAACAGUUUUAGAGACAUUUUUUGGGUCCAGAAUUUACUCAACCAUCAGGUUAUAUCAGUGUUGGUUCUUUUACAGUUUCUUAUAAAAGGCAACCCUUUUUAAAAACUCAAUCAGGUAUAAUUUUUAUAUUAAUUCCUACAUGUACAGUUUACGGCAUUUUAGCUCUCUUUAUGGGCUUGAUUGUCUUAUGGUAGCUUUUGAAGGGAUACAAUUAACAGCGUUUCUGAAUUUGAGAUUUGACACGGAAUAUAAUAUGCUGCGGUGUUUUGGUUAUCUAUUUUGGUCGUGCGUAUAAUGCAAGAAAAUACAUAGGAGUGGGUUAAGACAGUGUUGCUGCAUACAUUUGCUCACAAACUUUCACAUCCACUUUCACAAUACAGUGUUUAGCAUAUGGGCCUACAUUUAGUGAAUCAUCUGUUGCUCUUAAAGGGAUGUCAUUUGUUCAUUAUAUUCUUUUUGUGUGAGUUGUGAUAAAGUACUUUUUUUUUUUAAACUUGAUCGGCCUUUAUAAUGUAGAUUUAACAUGCAUGUCUUCUUGGAAGCAAAUGUCUAAAUGCAUCAUGGUAAAGGGCCAAUGAAAUGAGUUAUGUUAUUGUGACAUAUUAGCUCAUGCUCUGUAAGUCUAGUGAUUAAAGGUGUGUACUGAAAUGACUGACUGCAUUAUUUGGCAAAGAAUUAUGCAUCAAUGUUAAAUUACAUGCAUUAACAGAUUAAGUAUGUAAAGGCUUAUGAUGGUUUUAAAAAAGGCAAGGUAAAUAAUAUAUAUUGUUAUAUUGGUGAGUUGCAUGUUAGAUGCACCUUAUCUGCCUUUGUUCAUGACAGGAACUGUAUAAAAGAUCUAUCUAUUCUUUUGUAAUAAAAAAAUCACAAUGUCAUAAAGUCA